GCCCCCUGCAGCUCCCUUCCACUCCGCUCCUCCUUUGGUCGACAGCCGCGCUUUCCCGCUCGCGUCGCAGCCUCCGGUGCCACCGCCGCCUCCGCCAUGCCCAACAUCGUGCUCUUCAGCGGCAGCUCGCACCAGGACCUGUCCCAGCGCGUGGCCGACCGGCUGGGCCUGGAGCUGGGCAAGGUGGUCACGAAGAAGUUCAGCAACCAGGAGACCAGCGUCGAGAUUGGUGAAAGCGUGAGGGGUGAAGAUGUCUACAUCAUCCAGAGCGGCUGCGGGGAAAUCAACGACAACCUCAUGGAGCUCCUCAUCAUGAUCAACGCGUGCAAGAUCGCGUCGUCCUCCAGGGUGACCGCCGUGAUCCCGUGCUUUCCAUACGCCCGACAGGAUAAAAAGGACAAGAGUCGUGCUCCAAUUUCGGCGAAACUAGUGGCCAACAUGCUCUCGGUCGCCGGGGCCGAUCACAUCAUCACCAUGGACCUGCAUGCCUCUCAGAUCCAGGGAUUCUUUGACAUCCCGGUGGAUAAUUUGUACGCGGAGCCCGCGGUCCUGCAGUGGAUCCGGGAGAACAUCGCGGAGUGGAGGAGCUGCAUCAUCGUUUCACCUGACGCCGGGGGAGCCAAAAGGGUCACCUCAAUCGCAGACAGGCUGAAUGUGGAGUUUGCCUUGAUCCACAAAGAGAGGAAGAAAGCGAACGAAGUGGACCGGAUGGUUCUGGUGGGCGACGUGAAGGACCGCGUGGCCAUCCUCGUGGACGACAUGGCCGACACAUGUGGCACCAUCUGUCACGCCGCAGACAAGCUGCUCUCGGCUGGAGCCACCAAAGUUUAUGCUAUCCUGACACACGGGAUCUUCUCGGGACCAGCUAUUUCCCGAAUAAAUAAUGCCGCCUUUGAAGCUGUUGUCGUCACAAACACCAUUCCACAAGAGGACAAAAUGAGACACUGUCCCAAGAUUCAGGUUAUUGAUAUCUCCAUGAUCUUGGCGGAGGCAAUCCGGAGAACACACAAUGGUGAAUCCGUGUCCUACCUGUUCAGCCACGUGCCGCUCUAGACCCCCGACGGGGAGCGCGGGGCCGGCCCACUUGUGCGUGCUCACCUGACUUCUUAGUUUUAGGACUCAGCAAUUCUAGGAUAUAAUGCAAAAGCAUCCCAUCUUGUACCCUCCAAGACGCAUUGUUUCCCCCUUCUCAAGCUCCAGACCAUUUCUUUCCAGGUUGGCGGGGGAGGGUGGUGGCUGUUUGAUCCUCGUAAGUGAACUGUUGUUAAUGAGAUACGUUUCGUCAUCCCGACUUGUCCCGACAGGUGACCCUCUUCUUUGUUUUGCCAGUACUUUGAGGCCACAACUUUCAAGUAUGGAAUUCUACCGCCAAAGUUCAUAGUUUAUGUAUUUCGAGGUUGCCCAAGGCGACUUCAGAUUAAAGCCUUCUGUGUAAAUAAGGAUAAUGCCUAUGGACAUUGGGGUGAAACCCUGUAUACAGAGUUUAGCCUUUUACUUCCUAGGGAACCUUAG